AUGAGCGUCACGCUCGUCAUCCUAGAAUACAAGAUCGAGGCACCGCCCGAUGUGGUGGACCUCUUCUCAUUCUCAAGUGAGGCUCCAGACUGGCGGGGCGCCUGCGCCUCCGUUGACCGCGCCGACUCCUCGCUGCUCGAGGUCGAGCAGGCCGAGCUCGAGCGGAGUGACCAGGCACUCGGCGACCCGCAGUGCACUCGCCACGGAGAGAGCGAGGCACCCGACAUGGACACGACCGGCAGCGCUCCCUGGUACCGCCUUGUGGGUACCCUCGUGCUCGAGUCCGGGGAGCCACCCGGCUGCUGGGCCGCCCCUGGCAUGGAGCGCGCGGACCAGGCGAUCAGCGUGGACCAGGCGAUCAGCGUUGCCGAGAUCGACACGGCCGAAACGGCCGGCAGCUCCUCGGCCUUCUCGCCCGCCGUCGCCUCGGCGGCGUCCUCGCUCGUGAGCUGCUCGCCGCUUCUCAUGCCCGCCCUCGUGCUCAUCCUCCUCGCCAUCGCCUGCGGCGCCUCCUGGCCGACCGCGGCGAGCGGAAAGGGGGCUUGCGGCGCGGCGCGGCCCACCUGCCUCGCCGACGCCACUGCGUGCCUCACCGGCGCGGCGGCGCCUGCCGGCUUCUUCGCGAGCGCCUUCUCGUGGCUCGCGGCGGGUCCGCCGCAGGUCGCCGCCGCGGUCGCCGCCCUGGCCGCCAUCGGCACGGUGAUGUGGCGCCGCGACUCAAAGGCCCGCGACUCAAAGCCGAGCUUCGGCUGGUCCAGCCUGCUCGGCGUCCUUCUCUGCUUGGCCACCGUCGCUGGCGGUUUGGCCACCGUCACCGGCGGCGCCGCACUUGUCGCAUCCUCAACCGCGCUGCCAGACGUCGCUGCGCUUCCGGCGAGCUCAGUAGCAUUGGCGAGAACGCGAUUAAACAUCGGCGAGAACGCGAGCGACAUCGCGGGCUACACCCCCGGCUCGGACGUGACCAAGCACGCGAACCUCGACCUCGACCAGCAGGCGCGGACCCCGAAUUCCCCGCACCCUGCAUGGCCUGGAAUGUUCGCGGCCCCCAGCCCGGACGCCCUUCCUUCGCCCUAG